AAAUUUUGUGUGUGUCAGAGGAACAGUUAAUUUAAAAUAACAAAAUGAAAGGAACAUUAUUAAUAUUAUCAUGUCUUGUGAUCAUGAUAAGUGCCGAAUAUGCUGACGUAGAUGUGUGCCAAGAUUUGGACGAUGGAACUUUUCUUGCUGAUUCAAACAAUUGCCAAAAUUUCUUCAUUUGUGAUGGAGGCCGAGCUUGGAAAAUGUAUUGUCCAGGAUCACUUUUAUGGAAUGAUCACGAAGGAACAUGUGAUUACGCACAAAAUGUAGAAUGUUACCAACCAGAAUAAAACAUUUUAAUAUCUGACAGCGAUUUUCUGAAACUAUAUUUCAUACUACUGUUAUAAUAAAUUUAUCUUCAUUGCUCUCCUCCUAUAAAUUUAUUCCGUUUUAAUAAAAUCAAUAUAAAGACAA